UCAGAGAGAUAUGGUGCACCGUUGCCUCCCGCCCUCAAUUCCUUGUUGCUUCCGGCUGUAGACCUCUCCCGUCGUUGGCCAUGGACGCCCCCGAGUCCGAGUCCUUGCCUCUCCACGUCGCCAUCUUCCCGUGGCUCGCCAUGGGCCACCUGCUGCCCUGCCUCGAGCUCGCCGAGCGCCUGGCCGCGCGGGGCCACCGCGUGUCCUUCGUCUCCACCCCACGCAACCUCGCCCGCCUCCCGCCGGUCCGUCCCACGCUGGCGCCGCUCGUCCACCUCGUUGCGCUGCCGCUUCCGCGCGUCACCGGCCUCCCGGACGGCGCCGAGUCCACCAGCGACGUCCCGCCCGACAAGUUCGACCUCCACAGGGCGGCGUUCGACGGCCUUGCCGCGCCGUUCGCGGCCUUCCUCGACACCGCCUGCGCCGGCGGCAGGAGGCCCGACUGGGUCGUGGCCGACUUUGUGCACCACUGGGUCGCCGCUGCCGCAGAGGAGCGCGAGGUGCCGUGCGCCAUGCUUCUCCCGUGCGCUGCGGGCAUCGCGGCCUUGGCCGGCCCGCCGCCGGAGUCCCGCGCGGAGGAGCGGCAGGCGGUCUCCAGGUCCAUGGACGCGGCACCGAGGUUCGAGGCUGAGCUGGCCACGGAGCAGUUCGCUGCGGAAGACACGUCGGGGGUGUCCGUCAUGGGCCGCUACUUCAUGACGUUGGAGAGGUCCAAGUUCAUCGCCCUGCGGAGCAGCCCCGAGCUGGAGCCCGACGCGUUCCCGCUCCUAACGAGGCUCUACGGCAAGCCGGCCGUCCCGCUCGGCCUGCUUCCGCCGCCGCCCGACGGAGCCCGUAGCGCCAGCGAGAACGCCGAGGACGUUGCGAUCAUUCAGUGGCUCGACGCGCUGCCGGCCAAGUCGGUGGUCUACGUGGCGUUGGGAAGUGAGGCGCCGUUGCGCGCCGAGCUGCUCCGCGAGCUGGCCCAUGGGCUGGAGCUCUCCGGGACGAGCUUCCUCUGGGCCCUCAGGAAUCCGGUCGACGGCGACGGCGACGGAGAGAGCAUGAGCAUCCUACUACCAGACGGCUUCGUGGAGCGCACGGGCAGGCGCGGGCUGGUGGCGGCGCGCUGGGUUCCUCAGGUGAGCAUACUGGCGCACGGCGCGGUGGGUGCGUUCUUGACGCACUGCGGGUGGGGCUCGGUCGUGGAGGGGCUCCAGUUCGGGCACCCCCUGAUCAUGCUGCCGCUCGCCGGUGACCAGGGCCCCAACGCACGGCUCAUGGAGGAGAGGAAGGUCGGGGUGCUGGUGCCGAGGGACGAGGAGGACGGUUCAUUUUCCCGAGACGGCGUCGCCGGAGCUGUUCGGGCCGUCAUUGUAGAGGAGGGGGGAAGCGUGUUCGCGGACAAUGCCAAGAAGCUGCAAGGCGUCGUGGCGAGCAUGGAGUGCAACGAGAGGUGCAUCGACUUGUUCAUUCAGCACUUACGAUCUUGUAGGAACUAGGCAGCUGGGUAGGAAAUCUUUUUGAGCUACAUAUUGGGACAUGACGGAGAAAAGAUUGGUUUGUUUGGCGUAAGUUGAUUUUUUCUCUUGGUAGUACAUGAAGAAUGGAGAGAGGGGCAGAA